AUGAUGAAGUCGAAAAGAGGCCUGGGCGACUCCAUCUGGGCGUCGAGGGGUAAGGCCCAACACGCCAGUGGAUCGUCGUCCGUCUCUGCUUACCGACCGCGAACUUACCAACCCCCGUCGUCUUCGGUAAUCACCCCCGCGGCACCGCAGCCUCUCUCGACGACCAAGAACAGCGGCGACUUUCGCCCGGCCACGAAUGCGAGCAUGAAAACACCCGCCAACAGCAGCGUCACGAACAGCAGCGACACCGCCAUCGCUCCCCGGGAAGGGCCAUCGGCGCAGCAGGAGUUCAAGCGAUACAUACAGAUCGUGCGGCGGCUCAAGUGGAAGCUCCCCUACCUCAGCCACGGGUAUCACCACGCCAUAGCACGGCCGGGUGACCCGCUAUACGUCGGCGAGACGGACGCCGAGGAGGCGGAGCUCAUGUUCAAGCUCGACUUUUACGAGUACUACAUGCUGCUGGAGCGGGCGCUAGUGCACCUGAUGGGGGUGUUUGGGAUCACGGUCUCGCGGGACGGGUGGGUGACGGCGCCGUGGCGGGCGAACGGGGCGGCGCAGACGACACAGGCGACCCACACUUACCACCAGAACGUUCUCGCGGCGCUUGAGAGGGAGGACAACCCGCUCCACGAGGCGCUGGGAUCGGGGGAGGUGCUGUUUCAGCUGUCGAGGGCCAAGGAGCUUAGGAAUCGGUGGAAGUACGCCGAGGAGGGUGCCCGGGCAAGGGCGACGGGAAGGGAGUCGGGGAGUGAAAGAGCGGGAACGGCGCCGUUGGAAAGCUACGACCUCGACAGGAUUUUUAGGCACAUCUUUGCUGGGUUUGAUGCCGGGUAUGUGGUCGCCGAAAGGAGGGUCGCCGAGGAGGCUGCCACUACCGCCGCCGCAGGGGAUUCAGGGGCGGCGCCGGCUGGCGGUGAGCAGAUUGUGGAGGACGAGUACGAUUUUAUGGUGGAGGCUAUGGACUGGGAGGCUGUUUAG